UAUAGUUACGGUUUUAAAAAUGAAAUAAUAAUCCGGAAAUAUAUAUAUAGAAGAAGAUACAAAUACAUGUGAAAGGUUGAAACAAUCUAUUCAAUGAAAAAAAUAUACCGUAAAAUUAUUAUUUUUAAAAAAUUGAUAGACACAUAUAUUAUAAUAUACAUCAAUUUAGAAUUAAAAACAACAUAUUUAUAUUAAAAAACAUAAAAAAUCCGCGUGGUUGCACGGAUCGAGGUUUAGUUAUUCUUAUUUUACAUAUAUAUAUAUAUAAAUAUAUGAAUCUAUUUUGAAUAAAGUAAUAACUUCAUAAAGUAAUAAAAUAUUAUAGUUUUAACAUUAUUAAUUUAUAGUGUUUUUAAUUUAAAUAUAUCUUGAUAAGCUUGGUAGAUGAUAAUAACAAACCUAAGAUCAGAAAUAUUGUUGCAGUAUCUCAACAACAAAAAGAUUAAAGUGAUCUUCUAGUGAAAGAAUCUAAAUAAAUAUAAAGUGCGACUGUUUUUCUUUAAGGCGAGGAGAUGGCGGCUAGAAUAAGACCGGCGGCAGUAAAACCAGAAUUCGAGGUUGCAGCAUGUGACCAGAAGGAUAACAGUGCGUUGCUCAAAAAACAACACAAUAUUCGUUUUCUUCCUCGUCAAGGCAAACCAGACAAGAAGACGGAGCAUUGCAAAAUCUGUCUGGACGACGUUGAUUCCGACCUAAUGUUCUACGUUGAAAGAUGCGGUCAUCGGUUUUGCAUUAACUGUGUGAAACAACACAUUAACGUGAAGCUGGUCGAUGGCAAGAUACCUAACUGUCCUCAUCACGGAUGCAUCUUCCAUCUCUCUAUCGACAGAUGCGGCGAUCUUUUAACGUUCAAGGAAAGAUCGGUGUGGAUGCAGAGGAUUAAAGAGAACUCGAUCCCUUUGGCGGAGAGAGUUUAUUGCCCUUAUGAGAGUUGCUCUCACUUAAUGUCCAUGACCGAGCUUUCUCGUAGGGGAUCGUAUUCUGGAUUCGGGAGAUGCUUUAAAUGCCAUGGGGAUUUAUGUGUCCACUGCGGAGUUCCAUGGCAUUUUAAUUUAUCGUGCAACGAUUACAGGAGGCUGUUUCCUAAUAAGUAUCGAGAAGAUGCAAAGCUGAAAUCUUUGGCGAGUCUUAAUGGGUGGCGGCAAUGUCCCAAGUGCUAUCACAUGGUUGGACGCUCUUACGGAUGCAGCCGCAUAAUUUGCAGGUGUGGGAAUGCGUUUUGCUACAAGUGUGGCUACCUCUGGAACAGUGGGUUCCAUGGAGACUGCAACCAAGAGUUCAUCUUCGCUUUUUUUUUUAUGUCAGUUUUGAUUACUCUUCUAAUACUUUGUGUUUUAUUCCACCUCCUUUAGUAAGACUAUCUCGGUCUUAAAUUUUUAGUCGUAUCCCUCUCUCAACUGAAUAAUAAAUAGCCUUUGAAUUGUGUGUGAACUUAAACGAUAGUUUGCUACUACUCUACUCUUGUGCUUUUGUUGGCCCUGGGAGAUUAUUAAGGAUGUGCUAGUUUGUGACUGAUUAUAUAUAAACGAGUUGAAACGA